AGUUCAGUUAUGCUUUGAUAGUCGUACAGAAACGUUGUCUCUGUUGGAACGCUUCUUCACGUUAAGUCUCGCGCGCGCAUUUCUGAAUUUUAUUUGGCUUUUAUUGACUUUCAACUUCUUGACGACGCCGGUUCAUGUUGAAACAGUUUCUGUGUUUUCUGUGAGAAGUUUGCUUUUUGCAAAAUUUGGAAUUUCGGUACGCGUCUGGAGCGCUGCUAUCUGAUAUUUGCGCUUUUUUUUUGGUACUGAUAUAUUGUGUGUAAGUAAUUUUAUCUACACAUGAAGUAAGUUUUUUUUUGCGGUGGUGUACGAAAAAAAAAUCUGGCGCUAAUUUAAUUCGCUAUACACGUAUCGCAAUUUUGGUAAUGUGUUUUAGUAGCGAUCGGACGAUAAUUAAGUAUCGAAAAAAAAGUGGUUCAACUUGUUUAAACUGUGUGAGUGUGCUCUGAAGCCACCGAAAAAGACGAAGAGAGCUGGAACACGUUUCUACUAGUGGAAGGCAGUGACUGAAAAUUAACAUAUUUGUUAUUCGAUUCAGUGGUUUAGUAUCUGACAAGGAAUCGGUUUCACAAACGAGUCUGUAUUCAGUUAGUUAGUGACGUGUGAGAUUUCCGUAAAACUGCGUGAUUAACGUCGUCAUCAAAAGCGCCGGCCUACGCACAUGUGUUUAUCGACAGCUCAAAGGUUCCAUUCAUAAAAAAAAAGAUCCUCGAGCCAUCAAUUGGAUAAUCCAGCUUAAUAGUGGGUGCCUUCGUGAAAAGCUUGAAAGAUGCCUCCACAAAACUCACUCGAGAUGAAUACGAAACCGGAUGCUGAAAACGGCACCAAAAAGGUUCAAAAUGGUAACACAAACAAGCUUCAGAUGAUGAAGGAAGAACCGCCAACGACAUCGGUCAUCGUUCCACCGGACGGAGGCUGGGGAUGGCUGGUGAUGAUCGCUUCAUUUCUCUGCAACACGGUAGUUGACGGUAUCGUGUUCAGUGCCGGUAUGUUCCAAGACCCCAUUCGGUUGGACUUUGGCGUUGGGAAAGCCGAGGUUGCCUUAGUGAGCUCGUUACUCAGUGGGUUUUAUCUGCUCACUGGUCCAUUUGUCAGUGCUCUUGCCAAUCGGUGGGGCUUCAGAACCGUCACGAUCAUGGGCGCGGUGAUAGCUUCUAUUGGAUUUGCUCUUUCUUACUAUGGAACUAGUUUGGAAUAUUUGUACAUUACGUAUGGUGUAGUUGGUGGAAUUGGGUUCUGUUUCAUUUAUGUGCCAUCAGUGAUAACGGUUGGAUAUUAUUUCGAAAAAUGGCGUGCUCUGGCCACUGGAAUAGCUCUUUGCGGUUCAGGUGUGGGAACAUUCGUGUUCGCUCCGCUUAGUGCAAUGCUUAUCGAGAAAUUUGGAUGGAGAGGAGCCCUACUAGCUCAAUCUGCAAUUAUCCUUUUAUGUGCAAUUUUCGGAUGCUUUUUCCGACCCAUUCAACCGAUUCAGGUUACGAUCACUAAGGACGAAGAUACCCCCGCUGAAAAGGGAACAUUGCUUGGUGAAGGGCUACCAAUAGUUUACACUAAACCACUACCAGAAGGCCGAUUUGCCUAUUCAGUACCAAACAGUUCCCACAGCACGUGGAUGGGCGUAAGUCCUAACACUCAAUAUCCAACUGCUGCCGAGGUUUUCCGGGGUAGUGGACACAACCUUGAAAGAAGACCAUCCAACCACUCUGGUUUGCUGACAAAUGAAAAUAUUCAACACACGACGAAGAAACUAGAGCAAUUAUCAAAAAAUCAGAAGAGGCUCUCAGGACAAAUUACUCCCGAGGAUACUAUUCAUGCGCCACGGUUCCCGAUUCCACAUCACGAGCUGGUCACAGUAGGAGAAGCCGCUGAAGAAGAAGAGACGGAAAAUGGAACACUACUGACUGGAGAAGAGAAGCCCACACCUGUUAUCACAACGGCAUCAACUAGACAGCGAAGCCAUACCGUAUCUGGUCGCAGACCAAAUGAAUCCGGAUCUCGUCAAGGAAGUCGCCGUGGUACGCUGACUGAUGCUACACGUCCCAUGUACAGAGACGAUAUCUUUUUCACUGGAUCAUUGGUUCGUAUCCCUCAGUACCAAUCACAGACUUCCCUUGGAUACCAUAUGUCUGUCACACGUCUACCAACCCAAGCCGAUGUCGAAGAAAUUGAGGAAUCAUCAUGCAAAAUAUGUCCAGAGGCCGUGAGGCGCACUUUGGCUACCAUGUUGGAUAUGACUUUGCUUAGAUCGCCGUCGUUUAUGCUGUUAGCCAUUAGUGGAUUCUUCACCAUGAUGGGAUUCUUCGUACCGUUCAUCUACAUCACCCAGAGAGCUACAUCCGGGGGAAUGGACCAAAAUGUUUCGCUGUUCAUUGUGUCUGCUAUUGGUAUCUCAAACACCAUUGCUAGGAUUGUGUGUGGUUUCCUGAGUUCGUUCAAAAGUGUCAACGCUCUUCACAUUAACAACGUUGCAAUUACCAUGGGCGGAAUCGCUACAAUGCUCAGUGGUCUGUACAUCACAGAAGCCUUCCAGUUUACCUAUGCGGGAAUUUUUGGUAUCGCUAUUGCAUGCUUCUCAGCAUUACGUUCGAUUCUGGUUGUGGAUUUGAUGGGCCUGGAGAAACUCACCAAUGCAUUCGGUAUUCUUUGUCUAUUCCAAGGAAUGGCGGCAGUUAUCGGUGCUCCUAUUGCUGGUUACUUCACUGAUCUAACAGGCAGUUACAAUGUAUCAUUUUACAUAAGUGGAGCAUUGAUAACUAUUUCAGCCGUCCUGUGUUAUCCAUUGAACAUGGUCAACAAAUGGGAGAAGCAGCGGGCUGCUAAUAAGAAAGCAGGGGCAGUGUAGACAAUCGUAAAUCUAGAUUUAAUCCAACCAGAACCGCUGAUAUCUAAAGUACUUACCGAAUAGAACACGAAUAUCAUCUUUUUUUCACCCCAAAAAAAGCAUAAAUCUUAAUUGCAACACAACUUGACUCAGAGUUCAGAUCCAUUGAAUAAUAUUGUUAGAAAAUCUAUAAAAACACGUCAAUCAAAAGAAAGUUAUCGCAUAGAGUUGACUUUGUCACAAUCUAAGAUUAGGUAAGGUGCUAUUCCAUCCACGCACUGCAAAUAAAUAAGACUUAUGCUUAACAUCUGCCAACUGAGGUGCAGAGAAAAUAAUAUAAUUCGACCUUUCCUAUUUAUUUUUAAAACAAACCGCGAAUCACAACAUUGCACUGGAAAAGGCAAUAUCCAAUCAAGUGCCAUACAUAUGGAUGGCGUGCUGUAUGCAAUGAUUCAUAUAUUUAAAAUAAGACUUCAGUGCUAGCUUUGUAACCAUAUGAAAAAAAUGCUUUUACAUAUAUUUUAUUUUUUCUAUUUUGGAAAGUUCCUAUUCCACAUUCAUAAUCAUUUUAGUUUGAAACAUGUUUUGAUUGAGAAGAAACUUUAUAAACAGAACAGCAUCACUACGAUGGUAAUACCCAAACAAAAAAUACAGCGUUUAAUAAUUUUAAACUGACUGCCUGUUUCCAAAUCAGGGCUUUGAAUUUACUGUGAUGUCAGCGUAUGUAGGAGAUAAUAAGUUAUGUUUGUUGAUAAUGAAACAAACAACUCUAACCUUAGCAGAAAUUUCUCUCAUCACUAAUUGUUUUGCCCCAAAAAGAACAUCGACUCACUUAAGUGACAAGAAAAAGCCUCACAUAACUGCUUUUUGCUCCUGAUAAAUAUAGGUUUUCAUUCAUCAAAGUAUCUAUUUCCUAUGUAUCACAUGUGCAAUGUCUUGAAACACAGCUACAAAGAUUUCUAUAAUGAUGCAAUAAUUCAAUCAAACAGCUACUGAUCACAUUUAUUUUUUAAUAGUACCCACUCACCAUGAGCCAUUCCCGCAUUCAAAAGAAUAAGCGAUUUUAGUUCCAGAACUAAUGCCAUAGAAACCAGUUUAUAACUGUAGCAAGCAAUAAGUUAUAUCUACUGUUGAAAUAAAUGUCAAUGUAGUUUGUGUACUAAUACAAAAAAAAAACUCAUAAAAAUAGACUAUACGUAAUGCAAAGCUAAUAAAAAAAACAAUAAUACGUUACAAAGUACUAAAAAAAAUCAAUAGUAUAUCCGACUGAACGAGAUUUAAAGACACCUUUUCUAGACUAUAUAGAUUUUAAGAUAUGAGUGAAGCUAGAUUUUAUAUCUCCAACGUAUUUUUGGCAUUAAAAUAUUUGUUUA